AUGCCGCCGAAAAAAGGAGGAAAGAAGAAUAAGGAUGAUGAUUGGGACGAUGAUGCAGCGGAGAAGAAAUUAGCCGCGUUGAACAUCGGCGGUGCAUCUGAAACCAAUUGGGACGAUGAGGAGCCGAAGAAAGCUAAAGCUAAGGCUAAGGCGCCCGCUAAGAAGGGUUUUGCCGCAUUUCUCGAUGAAGAUUCUGAGCCCGAGCAGAAGCCAUCCGACGACGAUGAGCCGGCUCCAGUGGUGAAAGAAGUGAAAGAGGCCAUUCCAGCUCCAAAAAAAGAGAAAAAGGAGAAGAAAAAGGGAGGAAAGAAGGGAAAGAAAGAGGAAGAUGAUGAGGAUCUGGAUGCUCUUCUAGCCUCUAUUGAGAAUGCUCCAGCUGCCGCAGAAGUUGCCGCUGAGGAAGAAGGAAAGAAUAAGAAGGAUAAGAAGAAGAAGAAGGAAAAGGCUCCAGAACCAGCAGAGGAACCCAAAAAAUCGACUUCCGAGACUCCAGAACCUUCUCCAGAGGCCCCGGAAUCCUCAGAAAAGGCAGAGCCAACAGAAGAAGGUGGGGAUGAUAAGGAGAAGGAGAAGAAGGAUAAGAAGAAGGACAAGAAGAAGCAGAAGGAAAAGGAGAAGAAGGAGAAGGAGAAAGAGGAUAAGAAGGGCCAAAAGAAGGGCACCUUAUCGCUGAUUAAGGAGAUGUUGAAGAAGCAGCAGGAGGAGAGAGAGGAGCAGGAGAGACUUCAGAAGGAGCAGCAGGAGCGGGAAGCACAGGAGGAGUUGGAACGGCAGGAGAGGGAGAAGGCGGAGAAGGAGCGCAAAGAAGCCCAAAAAGAAGCUAAAAAAGCGGAAAUUGAGCGCCAAAAAGCCGCUGGAACCUACGUGACGGCUGCUCAGAAGCGUCAGCAAGCUCUAGCUCUCGAGAAGCUUCGUGCCGCCGGCUACACAGUUCCAGCACCAAGAGACUCCACAGAAGAGGAAGGAGCGCCGAAGAAGUCGUUCGUCUAUGUGGAUGAGAAGACAAAGGCCAAGCAGGAGGAGAAGAAGAGAAGAAGGCUGGAGAAAUUGGGACAGUUGCCAGUGGAGAAGCAGGAGGAGGAGAAGGUGGAGAAGGCAGAAGAAGCUCCAGAAUCUCCAGAAGCCGUGACGCCGGAACAAGAGAAGAAGGAGCUGACUCCAGAGCCUUUAGACGAUUGGGAAAUGGCAGAUUCUGGAGAUGAGGUUGCUGAGAAAGGAGAGGAAAAGAAAAAGCCCGAGAAAAAAGCUGGCGCUGCUGUCGUCAAGGAAUCUGUCGACGAAGAAGAAUCCUCAGACGAAGAAUCAGAUGAGGAGACUUCAGAAGAAGAAGAAUCCUCGGAAGAGGAAGAGGAGGAGGAUAAUCGUGGCCAACGAGAGACCAAGGAGCAGAUCAUGGAGCGAGUAAAGGCUAGAAUCGCGAGAAGAAAGGAGCUAGCCGCAUCCAAAAGAUCUACAGACGACCUGAGAUCCCCGGUAAUCUGUGUCCUGGGACACGUCGAUACUGGAAAGACCAAGAUGCUAGACACCAUCAGAAGAACCAACGUUCAACAGGGAGAAGCUGGAGGUAUCACCCAACAGAUUGGAGCGACAGAAGUGCCUGCGGAGGCCAUCAAGGAGCGAUGCAGACAGGUCAGAGGAUUCCUUCAAGAUCAGAUGAAGAUUCCGGGAUUCCUCAUCAUCGAUACGCCGGGUCACGAGAGCUUCUCGAAUCUUCGUACUCGUGGAUCAUCGCUCUGUGACUUUGCGAUCCUUGUAGUGGAUAUUAUGCAUGGGCUAGAACCCCAAACCAUUGAAUCUCUGAAGCUUCUUAUCAAAGGAAAGACUCCCUUCGUUAUCGCUCUUAACAAGAUUGAUAGGCUCUAUGAGUAUGAAUCCAACCCUCGGAAGGAUGUCUACGAGCUUCUGAAGUCUCAAAAGCCACGGGUCCAAGCGGAAUUCAAGGAGAGAAUGGACAAGAUUAUUGUGGAAUUCGCCGAGCAGGAGUUGAAUGUGACACUUUCCAAUAAUACUAAGAAGGCUGAGGACUCGGACUAUGUUUGUAUGGUUCCGACUUCCGCAAUGUUGGGAGAUGGAAUUGGCAAUUUGAUGGCGUUCAUUGUGAAUCAGACACAAACGAAAUAUGCGCAGAAAUUGGCAUUCUCAGAGGAACUAGAUGCCACUGUAAUGGAGGUUAAACAGAUUGCUGGUCUCGGAACCACCAUCGACGUGAUCCUUGUGAACGGAACGAUGCGUGCUGGAGACGUUCUAGUCCUCACUGGAACCGAUGGAGCUAUCGUAACCCAAGUGAGAGAAUUGCUCAUGCCAAAACCAUUGAAAGAGCUUCGUGUCAAGAACGACUACAUUCAUUAUAAAGAAGUUAAAGGCGCACGAGGAGUCAAGGUUUUGGCAAAGAAUCUGGAGAAGGUGCUCGCUGGUCUACCGGUUUAUAUCACUGAUCGAGAGGAUGAGGUUGAUUAUUUGCGGCAAGAAGCUGAUAAUCAGUUGGCCAAUGCUCUUCACGCCAUCAAGAAGAAGCCAGAAGGUGUCUAUGUGCAGGCGUCCACUCUAGGAUCCCUAGAAGCCCUUCUAGACUUCUUGAAGUCCCAGAAAAUCCCAUAUUCGAAUGUGAACAUUGGUCCGGUGCACAAGAAGGACGUGCAGAAGGCGUCGGCGAUGAAGGAGCACAAGGCGGAGUACGCGUGUAUUCUGGCGUUCGAUGUGAAGGUGGAGCGAGAGGCGCAGAUAUUCGCCGAUCAUGAAGGUGUCAAGGUGUUCCAGGCCGAUAUUAUCUAUCAUUUGCAAGACGCGUUUUUGAAGUAUAGAGAAGAACUGAAAGAUAAGGCUCGGAAGGAGAACGAACAUCUGGCAAUCUUCCCGUGCAAACUUCGCGUCCUUCCCAAUCACGUCUACAACACUCGUGCCCCCAUCAUCUUCGGAGUAUCGAUUGAAGCGGGACAGGUGAAACGAGGCACGCCGAUUUGUGUGCCCAGCAAGGAGGGAAUUCUAUUGGGAACCAUUUCAUCGGUACAGAGAAAUAACGAAGAGGUCCCGUUGGGAAAACAGGGAGAAGAAGUUUGUAUUAAGAUUGAGAAUACCACUGGAGAGGCACCAAGACUCUAUGGAAGACAUUUCACGCAUGAGGAUCCGUUGGUUUCAAAGAUCACCCGUGAGUCCAUCGACGUCUGCAAGACAUAUUUCCGUGACGAUUUGACGAAGGCCGACUGGCAAUUGGUUGUUCAACUCAAGAAGAUGUUGGAUAUUAUGUGA